AUGGCAUCCGUAUUGAGAAGUGCCAGAUCAUUGCCUACUCUGAGGACUGCUUAUCAGCAGGGUGUGAGGCAACAACUCCAAAGCGCGCCACGUCUUCCACCAAGCGCUAGUUCAUCAAAAUACUUCAGUAACAAGGCUAUAAAGACGGUUUUCGCUGAAGAUGACCUUUCAUUUGUGAGCAGACAGUACGAGACAUUCCAGAGACAGUCACAGCCAAUCACGUUUGUGCGGUCAGUGCACCAGACCUCAAAGGCCCAGACCACGCUGCUAGAUUCGAAUGCGGGUAGCAAAUAUGUUUCUAUGAAUUUGCAGGGGUUGAAAAGCGAGUGCAAGAGGCGUGGAUUGAAAGUUAGCGGGAGAAAGCUUGAGCUGAUCCAACGACUCAGUCACAGCGAUGCCCCGGGUUCUCCACCAUCUUCCAGGCAGCUGUCUACAGCUUCGAAGUCCAAAACUGUUAAUGCGAAAGAACCAGAAAACUUGAUUAAGAUCCAGAAGAAGUCUCUAUCUACCAAAACUGUCCAAAAGAGGACCAUUUCAAGAACGGCAACUGUUUCGGCUAAAGGUGACAGUUCUACGAUUGAGUCUUUCAAGAUUCCCCAUCACAACUACGACCCACCAGAUCCAGUGCCACCAAUAAAAAUCCCAUCGCUUUCUACUGAGGCCUCUCUCAAGGAUGCAACCACGCCUGUUGAUCCAAAAAACCCCAAGGACAUACUGGAUGCUAAGGUUGAAGGUGCCGUGAGUCUUGGGGUCGACAGUCCACCAGUGGCCACACAAUCUGGUGUAGUGGUUGAGCCUUUGGAGAUUGACACUUCAGAGUCUUCUCAGUCUGGUGAAGAACCAAUAUCUUUUAGAGAUAAGGGUAUUCUGGCUGCGUUCGCCGUUGCCUCCAUUGGCUGGUGGUAUCUCAAGCCCAAGACUAGCGAGGGACACUAG